GUGGCCAAUAAUAAAUGAAUUGUGACGACAUAGAUUAGGGUGAUAACGCGAGCUACUGUGUUGCCUCGCAAAACAGUACCACAUAAACGCUAGAUAGAUUUGACCAGCAUCACGAAAAUAUUACGAUCAAACUAGUUUCGGGCAGGAACGAAGCACAGACCUACAGCGCGGAUGUUGUACGACUGACGAUAAAAAAAUAAAUGUUCGUGUUUAAAACAGUACGUAUGCAACGCGACGGUAAACAUAGAUAUUAAACAGUGUUUUAAAUUAAGAAUACAAAACUUAUUUGCCACAGUGACGUGAGAUUGAGCGCACGUUUGUACUGAAAGUGAAAGUGUCCAAAUAAUAAGUUGCGGCGCGGAUGCGUUUACGGUAGCGUCUGUGUUAGUGAUGGGGAGUGCGGUACACGCUUCUGGCCCGCCCAGGGUCGGGAAGAAGAUGAGGAAGAGGCGGGAAUUGGACGCUUUAGUCGGUGUCGGAUCUCGUGGGGGCAGACUGUUGUCUGCCUCUAGCGAUGAAGGGGAACCUUGGGGCAGGCGUACGACGAGACGCCGUCGAUCCCGCCCAUUCGUUCGCCUGGCUGCAGGACUCGCUUUGUGCGUCUGUUUAGUGUCAGCUGCAACAGUAUUAUGGCUUUUCGUGGACGUUCGAAGACAAAUCGUGUCGCUUCGAAUGGAAAUGGACAGAGUAUCCACAAGCAGUGCCAGCGUGACCGACGCCCUGCAGAUAUGCCACACGGCAGCGAAAGAAUUGAGAGGCAAUACGAGCGUGCUGAGUCACAAACUCGCCGAAUUAGAGGAACAGCAUCAAAUACUCGUGAGCCGUGUCGACGCGGCCACUCAGGACCUGGCGACGCUCUCUAAGAAGCUCGAUGGAGCACCGACGCUUGCAGACACGCCGAUGCGACUCGCCGAGCUACAAAGGACCGUCGCCGUCUUCGGAUCCGAGAUAAAGAGCUUAGAUGGUUCUCUGCAAUCGGCGAAGAAUCAGGCCCUGACCGCCACAACGGGGAUAGAAGAAGUACGCAAUUUGCUGCGUCAGCUCGAUGCGAGGACGAAUGAAACCAUAUCCAAUGUAACCGCCAACCAGAAGGCCAAUCACGAGCUGAAGGAUGACGUCACGAGUCUGAAUAAAACGAUAGUGGCCAAAGUGGAAGCCUUGCAGACGAGGAUAGACGAGAUCCAAAAGCCGGUCAGCACAGCGGCGCCCUCUGCAGCAGCGCCAACCACAACCAGCAGCACGACCACUACGAGUACGUCGGCAGCCACGCAGGCCCAACCAGCAGGACCGCCAAUGAAGCCAACGGUACUUUAAGAUUUUAAAGUAUACAAGCGGAUGGAGAAGUGCUCAUGAGUGAUCUCAAAAGGCCUGACGUCCACCAACUUUAUAGUACGAUUCGCAGUUCGUCCUUUGACUUUUCAACAAACUGUGUGCUUAGUGCGAGUUUUUUAACGUUCUCGAUAGCGUAAAAGUUAACUCAUAUUUGUAUGGAAUGGGAUCGUUUGCCUACGUUUGCCGCUAGGGGCGCUGUUCCAACUGCAUACAAAAUUGAGCUAACUUUUACGCUAUCGAGAACGUUAAAGAACUCGCACUAAGCACGCUGAUUAGUUGAAACCGAUACGAAAAUAGAUUUCAAAUAAUAACUGGGCGUACCCUGCAUUUUUAUCUACGUGAAUGAUCAUGUUCUUGUAUAAACAAAUUGAAUGUCGAUUCUUAAGUAACCUUCGAAAAAAUAUUUAUCCAUUGCUUCGUUACUGCGUAAGAAAAUGACAAAUACGCAAUGGCUUUUGUAAUAUAAUAAUAAUAAUUUGAAGAAAAAAAAAAUCGAUUCCAAACCACGCUGAUUGGUGGAAUCAGCUGGCAAUUUAAAUAAAAAUAUACGUGGUUGGGUAAUUUAUGAUUAAGUAAGAAGAUCCGUCGUAACAUCCGUCGUGAUAUUAACAGAAAUGAGAGUGCAGGAAAUUACUAGCAAUAGUGCUGUCCUAUUAUCGAAAUUCAAAUUCAAUUUAUCGAUAAAAAUAUUAACAGUAAAAGUGCUAAUAGUAUAUAUUGAAAUUAAAUUCUCGACAGCCUGAUUUGACAUGGUAAUUAGAAUGAAAUGAUUACAUUAUACCGCAAGGUUAAAACGCAAAAUUGAACCCGGUUAAUGUUACGCAUAUUAUUGUUUUCAUUAAGCUUACAUUUAAUCUUCUCCAUAAAUAAAAUACUGCUUUAGAUACUUUUCCCAAUUUAAAAUAACUGCGUAAUAAAAAUGAGCAUGUUAUUUUUAUCGGCUUCUUAAAAUUGAAACGUGGGAUCAAAAUCAUUCGCUAAUUUAAUUACUAACCGGUUUUAUAAAUUUUACAUUGUUAUGCAUUCUCUUGCUUCUUCUAUUGACAAUGUAUUCUAUCUCCGAAAGAUUUAAUAUAAUAACAAAACUACAUUUGUUCGUGUGUGUGAGUUUAUAAUCCUCUUUAGUAUUAAAGUAUAAAAAUAAUUUGAUACUUUGUGUUUUGAAUUUGAAAUGUUUCAAAAAGUAUGUAGUUAUUUCAUUAUGUCGUACUCACAUAUGCACUGUGUUAAAACGUGUGAUUUGACAUUAAUGUUUUAAGUUAAAAGAUAAGUUCUGAAUGUCAUGAAAGUCUUUAAAACUUCUUACUCUACUUACUCUCUUUAGAACUUCAAAAUUCAUUAAGAACCUUCAUGACAUUCAAAAAAAAAUUCAUGAAAACAUCAUUCAAUGUUCAUAUUUUGUCAUCGUAAGAAUGUCUGACGGAUAACGGAAGCUAUUUUUAUUGAUUUUUAAAUAUUCUUUAUAAGUUAAUUAUUUGAUCAAGCUUAUCUCGUUAUGCCAAAUUUCAUGAAAUGCCAGAAAUCAUCUUUCGUUUUCGGGAAUCGGUUUCUUAAUUAUAUUUCAAAUAUCAUGAUAAUUCUAUACCAUUGUGUUCAAAUGUUUGAAUAAGCCAAAAUAUAAAAGUCAGAGGACCUGCCGUGACUCACGCGCUUAGCUCAGUUGUUAUGAUAAAAGGAACCCUCCAUUUCGUUCUAAGGAAUAUAUUAUUAUGACAUUUGAUGGUCGUUAACCUGGAUGACAGUGACAGCUUUUGACAGUAUUUAAAAAUAUUUCGAAUAAUAAAAAAAAACACAUUUUCACUUUUUCUUGUAUCUACAUUUUUCAGUUACAUCGUGUACUCUUUUUAGGUUAAGAUACGUUCUGUUAUAAUGUUUGAAAGAAGAUAUUUAAUUUAAAAAGUGUGGCGUAAAAAUAUUUUAUAUAAAAUAAAUCAUUUAAUGACUUUUAUUCACUAUUAUACUCUUGAGAAAUCUAUUAAAAAUAUGUUCGUCAAUGGAAUGAGAUAAAUUAUAAACGAAUUUUUUUUGUGUGUGUGUGCAAUACUUCGCACUGGAAACUGUGGCUGCUUUUAAUGGAAACAUCAGAAACCCGAUGAUAUUGAAAGAAACAACUAUUAUUAUUUGUAAACUUGAGAAUGAGAGCAGUGAGAAAAACUACAUAACUAAACUGUAUACUUUGUUUUUGUUAAAUCUAAACAAGUAGCGAAAUUUUUAUUUUGACAACAAUGCUAUUUAUUUUAAAACGUGGUACUCCGAAACAAGAAACUUAAAAGUUACCCUCAACGUAAUGAAUUAAAAACUAUAAUAUUUUAUUAUGUAAUUAAUUAUUAUACUAUAUAUUGAGCGAUAAUGAUUUUCACUUUUUAAACAAUACAAUUAAUAAUUAUUUCCAUAUUAUUUCUUAUUCUUCUCUCAGCUAUAUGAAACUAUAAAAGUUAAACUUAUCAAGAAUCGAAAAUGUCUCUUAAAGCAUUUAAAUAUGAUUGCAAAUUCUUUACAUAAUUUUGAUCUAUAAUACAAUUUUUCGUGAAUGCCUUUCCAGUGAUUUCGAGCCGCACUAAGAUUGUAGAAAAACAUUAAAUUUUACCUUAAGUUUCUUUUUAAGAGUAUCCACUGUUAAGACCAAAAGAACGCAAUAAUCAUUCCGAGUGAGAACUUAUACAGUUAUUGUAAAUAUUGUAGUAAUAGUUUACAAUUGUAAUAAUUAAUUUAAUUAUACAAUGGACGCGCACUUCAUUUUAGAGUUGUCGACUGGAGUGUGGAUGUUGUGUUGUAAUAAAUUAUUGUUAUUA